UCAGAGUAUAUACACAGCCAGACAGAGGAAGCACCGCUGAGACACACAGUCGGUGCCUGAACAGAAAAGUUAGAGAGAGACUUUUCAUUCACGGGCUCAAAACAACUUUGGAUACUUUGUGAACUGAAAAACAAACAUCCAUCGCUGGCUGAAAGAAGUAAGUUCUGAUUCCUGUGUCAACAAAGUGCGCACUGAGAGUUUGGGAAGUUUUUACGCACAGAGAGGACGUUUGGAAACCAGUGUUUUUCCCUCAUCUGAUAAACCAGGAAGAAGAGAAAAGGGGGGAAGUAGUUUUGUCAAAGACUUUGUAGCCACUUUCCAUGUAUACCAAGAUGGAAACUACUUUCUAUGACGACUCACUCAACGCUUUCUCCCAGCAAGACAACGCCGGCUACGGAUACAGCAACCCCAAAGUGCUGAAACACAACAUGACACUGAACCUCAGCGACCCGACGGGCACCCUGAAACCUCACCUCCGCGCCAAAGCCAGCGACAUCCUCACCUCUCCCGAUGUUGGCUUGCUGAAGUUGGCCUCCCCGGAGCUGGAGCGGCUCAUCAUCCAGUCCAGCAACGGACUCAUCACCACGACGCCGACUCCGACGCAGUUCAUGUGCCCCAAAAAUGUCACCGACGAGCAGGAGGGCUUCGCCGAGGGGUUCGUCCGAGCCCUUGCGGAGCUCCACCACCAGCACAUGCCGGGCACAACUAAUGUGAGUGUCACCUCAGCUGGCCAAAGUGUCAACACUGCCCUGCCGCCUGUGUCAUCUGUCGCCGGUGCCACCGUUUACAACAACAACGCGGCCAUGCGCGCGGACUCGCCGGUGUAUGAGGACUUGAACACUUUCAACCCGGCAAUCAGCACCGUGUCGGCACCGAACUACACCACCUCAGCCCCGACGAUGUCCUUCCCAGCAGCCCCGCCGCAGCUCCCAAUCUACGGGCAGCCAUCCCCUGCUCAGCUCCCCCGGCUUUCCGCGCUCAAAGAGGAGCCCCAAACCGUGCCCGAGAUGCCGGGGGAAACGCCUCCUCUCUCCCCAAUCGACAUGGAGAACCAGGAGCGCAUCAAGGCCGAGAGAAAGCGCAUGAGGAACCGCAUCGCCGCCUCCAAGUGCAGGAAGAGGAAGCUGGAGCGCAUCUCCAGGCUGGAGGAUAAAGUCAAGAACCUCAAGUCCCAAAACUCGGAGCUCGCGUCCACCGCCAACAUGUUGCGCGAGCAGGUGGCGCAGCUGAAGCAGAAGGUGAUGAACCACGUCCACAGCGGGUGCCAGCUCAUGUUAACGGAGCAGCUCCAGGCUUUCUGAGGUGGCGUCAGCGGCGGCCGAGAGAAAUAAAAGAGACUGUAGUUGAACGAAACGUCCUGUGAUAGUGAGAGGCUGCAUCUCCCGAAAAUCGUGAUUUGGGACGAUGUGGCGCGACACUGGCAGGAGUGGGACUGCGCUGAAGUUCCUGAGUGCCACGCGCUCCCCCGGUGGCGCGUCCCAGAGAGGGGGCUCGGGACAGUGACAGUAGCCAUGAACCAGAGGGGGGCAUGGCAGCAAGCAGGAUACCUUUCUGUUUCUGUUUGUUUUUACAGAACUGGACAGGACUGAAAUUUUCUUGAUUUACUCCCAGCUCUGCAUGGACCUUCUUAUGACCAUCAAAGGAGAAAUUCAGUAUUAGAGGAUUUUAAGAACCUGCAAUAGAGACUUUUCUUGCUGUAGCCAUGAUGGCUUCAAACUUGGGCGUGUUGGCCAACUCUAAACAUGAAAAGUUGUAACAAAAGCUGCCUGACUUCUGAGUUACAGUACAUAUGUACUUUUUUUUCUUAAUUGUAAGAAAUUCAGUUAGAAAAGCUUCAAGAUUUACUUGUUUUUUUCUAAAGUCGUUUAAUGGGGUUUCACUCAUUGUUAUAUGUAUAUAAGAUCAACUUGGAGUACUUAUGUUUACCAUUUGUAAUAAGAAUACUGUAUAAUUUUUUAUGUUUUUUGUUUUCUGAGCACUUCAGAAACUAAUCAAUAUUUAAGAAAAUAAACCAGAU